GACAGACAGGCUGCACGGAGCGGGGCUAGCUGUUAGCUUCAACUGUCUACACGGCCGAGAUGAGUUUCCUAGGAGGUUUGUUCGGGCCAGUGUGUGAGAUAGACGUGCUGCUGAACGAUGCAGAAAACAGAAAGACAGCCGAGCUGAAGACAGAAGACGGGAAAGUGGAGAAACACUACCUGUUCUACGAUGGAGAGUCUGUGUCUGGCAAGGUGAAUCUAAAUGUGAAGCAGGGAGGAAAGCGACUGGAGCAUCAGGGCAUCCGCAUCGAGUUUGUUGGACAAAUAGAGCUAUUCUCCGAUAAGAGCAACACUCACGAGUUUGUGGACUUGGUGAAGGAGUUGGCUCUGCCUGGAGAACUCACCCAGAACAGGAGCUACGACUUUGAGUUCAUGCAGGUGGAGAAGCCCUAUGAGUCCUAUACUGGAGCAAAUGUCAGGCUAAGGUACUUUCUCAGGGUGACAAUAGUUCGUCGUCUGUCUGACUUAGUGAAGGAGUACGAGCUGAUUGUCCACCAGUUAGCCACCUACCCAGAUGUCAACAACUCAAUCAAGAUGGAGGUCGGCAUAGAGGACUGUCUGCACAUCGAGUUUGAAUACAAUAAAUCCAAAUACCACCUUAAGGAUGUGAUUGUCGGGAAGAUCUACUUCCUGCUGGUCAGGAUCAAGAUCCAACACAUGGAGCUACAGCUCAUCAAGAAGGAGAUAACGGGCAUAGGUCCCAGUACGACCACAGAGACAGAGACUGUUGCAAAGUAUGAAAUCAUGGAUGGCGCUCCCGUUAAAGGAGAAUCAAUCCCCAUCAGACUGUUCCUUGCAGGAUACGACCUGACACCCACCAUGAGGGAUGUCAACAAGAAGUUUUCUGUACGCUACUUCCUUAAUCUGGUGCUGGUGGAUGAGGAGGACAGAAGAUACUUUAAACAACAGGAGAUUGUUUUGUGGAGAAAAGCUCCAGAGAAGAUGAGGAAAAGAAACUUCCAUCAGCGCUACGAGUCGCCUGAGCCCCGAACCCAGCCAGUUAACGCCGAGCAGCCAGAAAUGUGAGGGCGAUGCCAUGAACUGAAAAUACACACAGAUACACACCAACUCUUCACUGCUGAACAGCCAGAGGUGUGAGGGCUGCCCCACGAUUUCCCUGGACUGAGAAACGUAUACAUGAAUACACAUAACAUACCAGACAUCCCCAUCACCACUCCGCAGCUUCAGACGUGAGCUGGCUGACCACCUUCACUCUCUCCCCGCCAGAACUGACACACACUCGCAUACAGACGCACAAGCAUACAAUCCAAGAAGGCUGAAAGCUAAAUGUCAAGGCAAGAGCGCAAAUCAAACCGACCCAAGCAAGAAACAGUGAGGCAGCCUGUUUGAUCUUGGCGUCUCAGGCUGAAAACACACACACAAGCACACACCAGUGAAGCCAUACAGUCUCAGUUUGCUGAAUGCAAAAUAAAACAGGAGCAAAGAUGGAAAAGAAGAGAUGGCUACAGACAACCACCACAUGAGUUUAUCCCUUUCCUCCACUACAGGAGUUCAUUUUGUCCACGUAUUUUGAGAGCACUUAUCCUGGAAUUUCUCUGGUGUCCUCCCUCUGACACCCCAACAAAUUUUAUCUGGAUGGACUAGUCUGUGAUUUAAAGUAUUCAACACGUGUGGGGAUCAGCCUGAAUGAAGGACAUGAGAGAGGCUAAGCUAUGAGUCAACACAUACGCUCUGUGUUUAUUCACAAUGCCCGAGUUUAAGCUACAAUAAUACCACUGUGCUCUCGUUCAUUCAUCUGGCUGGGAAGUCAAGAGUGUCGCAGAUGUCAUUAAGUAUGUUGCAACAGUCCUCGGAUUGCUUCUUUUGUGCAGAUGUCUGCUUAGUGCAACAAAUGUUCAUCUUAAACAGUUUAAUCUUUAUAUUUCCUUUUUUUAAAAUACUGCUGUUUUGCAAAAACAAAACGUUUUCCACUCUUAAAGUGUGUUCACACCAAACCCAAAGCAAAACUGGUUUGAAUAUAGCGACUGGAGUGUUUUCGGAGUAUUCACUGUGCUAACGGUUGUGCUAACAGACCGGAAGGCAGCUAAUGCGAACGUUAGUAUUUACUUGCUUCGAACUAAAUUAGAACUGAUAGCUGGAAUCGGGUGACGUGCACAGCGCGGCUCUGUGCUCUGAACCAGUGUGACCCAAAACGGCACCACCAUUAUUUUUUGCAUUACUGCUUCCUUCCUUCUGCUUUUUACCUUUUACUAUACAAGUCCAACUCAAAUCACUUAAAACAUUUUGCCGAGAGGCAACAAAACAAAAUAGCUUCCACAAGAAACAAAUGCAUGUUUUCAGAACUAAACAUGUGGUCCUAUGGCUUUGCUCACCUUUCUUUAAUUCUGUUUGUGCAGUACUGACGUUGAGUCGUAGAGCUCUGAGUGCACACGGACAGCAGCAAUACGUCUGUUUUGGAUUCUGGCGACAUCAGGGAAAUCUCAACCAGAUCUCAACACUGAUAGGCUUUCACAACAAAGCAUCAAGCCAGUUUCUAGCGUGAGUUGAAAACAUUUCAGCAUGGGCACAUAUGUGUAUUUUGCAUUUUCCCAAUGCUCUUUUCACCACCGCAUGUCCAAGUCUAUUCACAACUUUGCAUUGACUUUAUAUGUGGUCACACCGCGUGAAAAUUCACCUUGCUUUUGGUGUGAACGCACCUUGUUUCCAGUUCCAGUCCACAUUUAGUUCCAUACAAUACUUGUGUUGGAUUUAAGAUCAACAUUGUCAUUUCAGUGUAAUUUAUUUCACGAAAUAGUCACUUAAUAAUCAUUUGGAGUUGCAAUUAGUGAUUAAUUUCAUUAUUGCUGCACAUUCUUGGUUAAUUGAUUAAUCAUAUAGUCUAUGAAAUAUCAGAAAAAAAGUGCAGCAGGACCAUCAGAGAUUCCUACAGCCAGGGGUCUGCAAAUAUCUUGUUUUUUCUGAUCACUUAUGCAAAAAUAUUUUAGAUAGAUAAAUGAUAAAUGCAGCAGAUGCUCACACUGAAGAAGCUAGAACCAGAAAAUGUUAGUCCUUAAGUUGUCCUGGAGUUUAUCUUUAAAAAAAUGAAUGAAACACUUAACUGACAAAAUAGUUGCCGAUUAGUUUUUAGUAAGUGUACAAUUAUUUAAUUAAUCAUUGCAGCUCAAAGCAGCAUAUAUUCAUUUUAACUUUUUCUUAAAGAAUCCUGAGCUCAAGACAACAUUUCAGCCUCCUUGUUAAGAUGAAUAUUUGAUGCCAUGAUCAUUGAGGGUUCAUGAGGUCCCUGGUUACCACAGGAUUGCCUCCGAGCUGAUGUGGAGAUUCACCGAGUUUUUCUUAAAUCAAAACGUUUCUCUCGCACGAGGCCUUUUGUUUGCUCUUCAAAGUGCUGUUUAUUUAUGACUAAUCCUGAAGAAUACUCACCGUUUGUUUGUCCUCCUCGAGUUAUUUUAAGGUUUAAUACAGCCCAAGGAAAGAAAUUGUAAAGAGAGAUACCAAAACUUGGACAAUCUGUAUUGCAAAAUACAAAAUAUAUUUAUUUCUAAUUUAGGUGAAAUGAACCCUUGAAUUCCUCUAUCUGCUAACUCACACAUCAGAUGAUGUAAGACAUAGUUUUAAAAAAAAUGGUUGAAAGUCGAGGAAUUUGUCCAGCUACUUGUACCUGGAAAUCCAUGUCCUGUCUUCACCACAUACGUUACGGUUUCUAUUUAAAUUUUCAACAGUUCAACAGAAAAAUGAAACCAUUUUUCAGAUUCAGUUUUUCAGAGUUUUCAGCAUUUUUGAGCCUGUUGGUUUGGUGUAAGCUGAAUCCUAAUGUUAAAAAAAUGGCUCUUGUCUGCUGCGCUGGAGGGGACGCCAUGUCAAUAUACUGUAAACUAUGUUCCACUGUGACGUUCAGACCGGCCGUUUAGGUCCUGCUUUUAAGACACACACACUAACAAAUGCACAGUUUGGUGAUGUUACCAGUCUUCUGUGUACGUUGAAUUUGCCCUGAAGCUCUGAUCUGUGGCCAGUUUUGCACUUUCCCCUCCGAUGCUUAACUUUGUUUAAAGGGGCAUGGAAGCUGAAACGAAACAUCACUCAAGGACAACUUCACCUCAGAGAUCUCCUGUGUCUAUAAUGGAAACAAUACUGUCAUUUAUAUAUCACUACUUGUUUUAAUUGGACUUGCUUGGUAAUUGUUUGUCUUUUUUGUGUGCAAGUCAUGCUGUCAUAUGUUUAAUUUCAUAAACCUCUGAACACUCACAUCUACAGUUCAGAUUUAUUUGUUCCUUUACAAUAUGUUUUUUUUUCUUUUGGGGAACAGUAUAAUUUAUUUUUCUCUGCCUGUCAGACAUAUUUUCUGUCUUUCUAAACACUGUCCAGGCAGGGUUUGUUUGGUGUACUUUAAAUACCUUCAAAGGUACUGAAGAAACACGCAAAUGCCAGACUCUCUGCCCCUGUCUUAUCUACUGCAUGUUUAUAUUUUCACAAUGUCUAAUCAUGCCAUUGACAUGUGCGUGUGUAUGAAAAUAUGUGUAUAUACACCAAACCCAAAUAUAUAGCCAAAAUGAAUCGUGAAUAAAGCAAAUUUAUACAGAA